CAGUUGAAAGAAUGACAUUAGAUUAGAAUUAGUGAUCUUUAAAGUCCCUGCUAAUUGUAACCUCUAAGAUACACUUUACUUUCCAUAUAAAGAGGCUUUUGGUAAGGCAUUGCUUGGUACAGCAUUUUGCUCAAUUGAGAAGGCCAAACAAAAAAAUAGCUGCAUUUACCUCUCUGCAGGCUCAGUAAUGAUUUGAGAAGACGAGAUAAAUAUGAAGCAACUUGCAAAACAUUCCUGAAAUACAAAGCAAGAAUAAUAAUAUUUAAAUGUAAAUUGCUAUACCUCUUUAUCCAUCAAAGUGGCUUCAUUCCACUCUCUCUUUUCUGUGCUUAUAUCUUGCAUCAAGUAUUGGAUAAACCAAAGUGUGUAAGAAGAAAUAAGUGAUUUUCAUAGUUAUUAUCUUUGCAAUGGGAGUGCUAAGGUUCAAGCAUAGCUUUGCUGGGCCCAGUGGAGCAUGCCAGGCAGUGUUCAUCUUCCUUUUAACUCCUUGCUUGACUCUGGAUUUCAGAGCACCUCCUCUUAUCCCAAAUACUCCUUUCCUCUGGGCCUGGAAUGCCCCAACUGAAACUUGUGCUGGAAAGUUUAAUGUGUUGGUAGAUCUGAGCCUCUUCUCUUUAGUAGGAAGCCCCCAAAGAAAUGCCACAGGACAAAAUAUUACAUUAUUUUAUGCUGAUAGACUUGGCUACUAUCCUCAUAUAAAUACAAAGACAGGCACAAGUGUGAAUGGAGGAAUCCCCCAGUUGGGAUCCUUAAAAAAGCAUUUGGACAAAGCUAAGGGAGACAUUGCUUAUUACAUGCCAACAGACAAUGUGGGCUUGGCUGUCAUUGACUGGGAAGAAUGGAGGCCUACCUGGGUGAGAAACUGGAAAUCUAAAGAAGUUUACAAGCGUCAGUCUAUUUUGUUGGUUCAGCAGCAAAAUUUACGACUUAACAUCACAGAAGCCACCAACAUAGCCAAAGAAGAUUUCGAAAAGGCAGCAAAGAGUUUCAUGCGAGAGACUUUAAAACUGGGAAAAUCACUUAAGCCAAAUCACUUAUGGGGUUAUUACCUUUUUCCUGAUUGUUACAAUCACCGUUAUAAAAAACCCAGUUACGAUGGAAGUUGCUAUGACAUAGAAAAGAGCAGAAAUGAUGAGCUCAAAUGGUUGUGGAAGGAAAGCACUGCCCUUUUUCCAUCCAUUUACUUGAAUAGCCACUUAAAGUCUUCUCCACAAGCUGCGCUCUUUGUCAGAAAUCGUGUUCAGGAAGCCAUUCGGAUUUCUAAAUUACCCAAUGCUAAAACUCCACUUCCAGUCUUCGUAUAUGCACGUCCAAUUUUUUCUGAUAUGUCUUUGGAGUACCUUUCUCAGGAUGACCUUGUGAAUACAAUUGGUGAAAAUAUUGCUCUAGGUGUCUCUGGAACUAUAAUAUGGGGAAGCCUCAAUUUAAGCCUAAGUGAGCAAUCUUGCACAAACCUAGGCAAUUACAUGAAGACAACACUGAAUCCUUACAUAAUCAACGUCACCCUAGCAGCCAAAAUGUGUAGCCAAGUGCUUUGCCAGGAGCAAGGAGUAUGUAUAAGGAAACACUGGAAUUCAAGUGACUAUCUUCAUCUGAACCCAAAGAAUUUUGCUAUUCAAAUUGGGAAAAAUGGAAAAUACACAGUACAUGGGAAACCCACACUCAAAGACCUGCAGCAAUUUUCCAAAAAAUUUUGCUGCAGCUGUUAUGCCAACGUCCGUUGUAAAGAGAGAGUUAAUAUGAAAAACAUUGCUUCUGUCAAUGUAUGUAUUACUAAAGAUGUUUGUAUAGAUGGCUUUUUAAACUCACAACGCAGUGGUCAUCCUUCUCACUGGAGAGAUAGACCUUCUAUCGCCUUUCUCAGUAUCUCAACCUCCUCACCACCUGCCACAGCGUCUCCAUGUGUACCUGAGGAAGAUCUCGGUGCAUGUCCCGACGCCAAGUGUUCAGUGCCAGCCCAAAAGGGCUGUCAGAGUGUUAACCGGAAAAACACCUCUGGUGGUUCAGAUAUUCAAAACAAGGAAAUUGAUACAACCCCUUCGAGUACAAGUGCAGUGCUUAUUAAGUUUCCUGUCUACAUACUUUAUGUUUUGAUAUCUUUUACAUUUUUAUGUUUAAUAACUUAGCUAGCUUAAAUUAUUUUUUUACACAAGUGAUCAUACCUAUACACUGGAAGUUUUAUAUUUGAAAUGUAAAUCAAAACUGUAGCUAAGAUAGUACCUUGAUUUUUUUGAGCAAAAAUUGCUUUUUCAUGAUCAGAUUGAACUUGAAAUUAUUAUUGAUUGAUAAGCAAAGGGUGUUGACUAGCACCUUGAAUUUUACAAAAUUGUAGUCAGCGCUGUGGUACUACUAAAUCCAUUGAUACUACAUUUUGCUUUUGAAACUCAAAGUGGAAUCUUGAUUAUUAAUAUAGCAUAGAAUUCAUUUUGUAAGAUGACAUCCAAUCUUGUAUUUUCUAAUUGGCGUGAGUCUAUAGCAAAUAUUUUACAUACUUUGAACGUAUAAAAAGAACUAAGAGGUACCUGUUAUAUUCUCGGUCCUAUCAAAGAUGAUUGUAAGGCCUAAAAACACUUGGAGGUCUAGUUUCCUUCUGCGAACGUGAAGAUUUGAAUAAUGCCAAUUUGCCGCAAAUGAAUGUCUUUAUAAGUAGUUCGUAAUUUGUAAUAAAAAUGUCAAGAAAAUAUUAAGGUGAAAAACUUUAUCUUUUAAAAUGAAAUAUCUUAAAUGUACUAGUCUGCCUCAAGCACAGAACAAUGGUUUUAGUUAUUUCCUCUUGAUGAUUUGUUCAAGUUGUGUUUUAUUAAAGAUAAUCUUU